AUGCCCCACGAGGCUCACCUUGAGGAGGACAAGACUUUUGUCCUGCUGGACGACGACGAUGAUGAUGCCGAGGGAGAUGCCAUUUUGGAUGACGAGGGGGCCGACACCGUGGACCCAGACACAGCCGGGUUCAGUGUGGAAAACGCCUACAUUGACGAGAAGGAGGACGCCUGUGAUGCUCUGGGAGAGAUUGCCUUCAACACCGGUGCCGCCUUCCAGCCCUUCCUGGAGUCCAGCUUUCAGCAGGUCUAUGAGCUGCGUGAUUUCCCCCACGAGGACGUACGCAGGGCUGCCUUCGGGGCCAUGGGCCAGUUCUGCCGAGCUCAACAUAAAGUGUGGCAGGAGAAUCCCACUGAGGCCAACCACCAGGCCAUGCAGAAGCUGCUGGGGGUGGUGCUUCCCAGCUUCUUGGAGGCGGUGCGCGGUGAGCGUGAGCGCCAGGUGGUGAUGGGUGUGCUGGAGGCCAUGAACGCCGUGCUGAAGGCCUGCCAGGGGGAAGCACUGCAGAGCCCCGGGCGCCUGCAGGAGAUCAGUCAGGCCAUCCGAGAUGUGCUCAAGAAGAGGACUGUCUGUCAGGACGGAGGAGGAGAUGAGGCAGAUGAUGACGAACAGCAGGCGGAGUAUGAUGCCAUGCUCCAGGAGUUUGCAGGUGAGGGGAUUCCUCUGCUGGCCUCCGCCAUACCAGCGGACACCUUCCAGCCCCAUCUCAACGAGCUGCUGCCCCUCAUCAUGAACAAGGCUAAAUCAUCGUGCACGGUGGCUGACCGUUCCUUCUCCGUGGGCACGCUCGGAGAGAUCCUGCAAUCCCUGGUCAGUGUGUCUGGGGGAAGAGCCUGUGCUGGUAAACUGUCCAAUCGGCUGCUGCCUGUGCUGGUGGCCGGGGUGAGAGACAGUGAUAGCGAGGUUCGCAACAACAGCGUGUUUGGACUGGGAGCUCUGGCCCAGGCUGCUGGACCACUUGUCGCUCAAGACUACCCCAUGAUGCUGUCCCUCUUCUCCAACCUGCUGUCCAAAGAACAGGACAGGAGGGUGAUUGACAAUCUGUGCGCUGCACUCUGCAGGAUGAUCAUGAGCCACAUGGAGGGUGUCCCUCUGGAACAGGUGUUCCCUGCCCUCCUGGCCUGCCUCCCUCUGAAGGAGGACAUGGAGGAGAAUAAGACUGUGUACAGCUGCCUGGCCAUGCUCUACUCACAGAACCCUGCAAUGGUGGUGAGUCAAAUUAAGCCAAUAGUAUCUGCUUCCAGCCACGUCCUGGGAACGAAGGACCUUGAUCCAGAAACCCAGAACACCCUGGUCAUGCUGCUCCGAGACGUCGCUCAGCGCCACUCCCAGAAAUUUGAGGGUGCCGUGAGGUCACUUCCUGCCGAGCAAAAGAUGAAGCUGACUGCGGCCGUCAGCCAAUCGUAACACAGCACACCAAGCAACUAUUUCAUUCUCCAGUGAAAGCCAGUGAAAUGUAUUUUUAUUUUUUACUAGAUGAAAAAUGGGACAGUAGUUGGGUCAUUCAAAUUUGCUAAACUCCGGCACUUGAACCAUUCUACUAUUGGUAGUAUUAUAAUUUUUCAGAGGUUGUACCCAGUAUUAACAUUUUUAUUUAUAUUGCCUGUUUUUAUUAUUUUAAUGAUUUCAUUUUGUGUGCGUCACCUGUUUUUUUUUUUUUUUUUUGUCACUUGUUGCCCUUGUCGUACCUGAGAGCCUCUUAUCUAUUUGCUGCUGUCCCCCUUUUGCCACAAAUUUGAUUAACUUCUGGCUGGGCUAGUAUUGAGUAUGAAGCAAUGAACUGAACUCAUGAUAAAUGCCUUUUUUGCAGA